AUGGCGGUGGGUGUAGAGUUUGUGCUGUGCUCAGUCGGUCCGAGCUUUCCGCCCCUCCCACCCCUGGCCUCCCCUCUGCCUCCCCUCUCCCUCCCCUCUGCCUCCCCUCUGCCUCCCCUCUCCCUCCCCUCUGCCUCCCCUCUGCCUCCCCUCUCCCUCCCCUCUGCCUCCCCUCUGCCUCCCCUCUGCCUCCCCUCUCCCUCCCCUCUCCCUCCCCUCUGCCUCCCCUCUGCCUCCCCUCUGCCUCCCCUCUCCCUCCCCUCUGCCUCCCCUCUGCCUCCCCUCUGCCUCCCCUCUCCCUCCCCUCUGCCUCCCCUCUGCCUCCCCUCUGCCUCCCCUCUCCCUCCCCUCUGCCUCCCCUCUGCCUCCCCUCUCCCUCCCCUCUGCCUCGCCUCUCCCUCCCCUCUGCCUCCCCUCUGCCUCCCCUCUGCCUCGCCUCUGCCUCGCCUCUCCCUCCCCUCUGCCUCCCCUCUGCCUCCCCUCUGCCUCCCCUCUGCCUCCCCUCUGCCUCCCCUCUGCCUCCCCUCUCCCUCCCCUCUGCCUCCCCUCUGCCUCCCCUCUGCCUCGCCUCUGCCUCGCCUCUCCCUCCCCUCUGCCUCCCCUCUGCCUCCCCUCUGCCUCCCCUCUCCCUCCCCUCUGCCUCCCCUCUCCCUCCCCUCUGCCUCCCCUCUGCCUCCCCUCUGCCUCCCCUCUCCCUCCCCUCUCCCUCCCCUCUGCCUCCCCUCUGCCUCCCCUCUCCCUCCCCUCUGCCUCGCUCUCUCCCUCCCCUCUGCCUCCCCUCUGCCUCCCCUCUGCCUCCCCUCUCCCUCCCCUCUGCCUCCCCUCUGCCUCCCCUCUCCCUCCCCUCUGCCUCCCCUCUCCCUCCCCUCUGCCUCCCCUCUGCCUCCCCUCUGCCUCCCCUCUCCCUCCCCUCUGCCUCCCCUCUGCCUCCCCUCUGCCUCCCCUCUGCCUCCCCUCUCCCUCCCCUCUGCCUCCCCUCUGCCUCCCCUCUGCCUCCCCUCUCCCUCCCCUCUGCCUCCCCUCUGCCUCCCCUCUGCCUCCCCUCUCCCUCCCCUCUGCCUCCCCUCUGCCUCCCCUCUCCCUCCCCUCUGCCUCGCCUCUGCCUCGCCUCUGCCUCCCCUCUGCCUCCCCUCUGCCUCCCCUCUCCCUCCCCUCUGCCUCGCCUCUCCCUCCCCUCUGCCUCCCCUCUCCCUCCCCUCUCCCUCCCCUCUGCCUCCCCUCUGCCUCCCCUCUCCCUCCCCUCUGCCUCGCCUCUCCCUCCCCUCUGCCUCCCCUCUGCCUCCCCUCUGCCUCGCCUCUGCCUCGCCUCUGCCUCGCCUCUGCCUCGCCUCUGCCUCGCCUCUGCCUCCCCUCUGCCUCCCCUCUGCCUCCCCUCUGCCUCCCCUCUCCCUCCCCUCUGCCUCCCCUCUGCCUCCCCUCUCCCUCCCCUCUGCCUCCCCUCUGCCUCCCCUCUCCCUCCCCUCUGCCUCGCCUCUCCCUCCCCUCUGCCUCCCCUCUGCCUCCCCUCUGCCUCGCCUCUGCCUCGCCUCUCCCUCCCCUCUGCCUCCCCUCUGCCUCCCCUCUGCCUCCCCUCUGCCUCCCCUCUGCCUCCCCUCUCCCCCCCUCUGCCUCCCCUCUGCCUCCCCUCUGCCUCGCCUCUGCCUCGCCUCUCCCUCCCCUCUGCCUCCCCUCUGCCUCCCCUCUGCCUCCCCUCUGCCUCCCCUCUGCCUCCCCUCUCCCUCCCCUCUGCCUCCCCUCUCCCUCCCCUCUGCCUCCCCUCUGCCUCCCCUCUGCCUCCCCUCUGCCUCCCCUCUCCCUCCCCUCUGCCUCCCCUCUCCCUCCCCUCUGCCUCCCCUCUGCCUCCCCUCUGCCUCCCCUCUCCCUCCCCUCUGCCUCCCCUAUGCCUCCCCUCUGCCUCCCCUCUCCCUCCCCUCUGCCUCCCCUCUCCCUCCCCUCUGCCUCGCCUCUCCCUCCCCUCUGCCUCCCCUCUGCCUCCCCUCUGCCUCCCCUCUGCCUCCCCUCUGCCUCCCCUCUGCCUCCCCUCUGCCUCCCCUCUGCCUCCCCUCUGCCUCCCCUCUGCCUCCCCUCUGCCUCCCCUCUGCCUCCCCUCUGCCUCCCCUCUGCCUCCCCUCCAUCAUCAGUCUCAUCACUAUAGCUCGGGCCAGGACAGCUGCAUGUACCCCCUGCCCUUCUCCCCCUCCCCUUCUCUUCCCAAGCCUCGCAACUACAUAA